UUGCAAGAAUUGGACCGUCCUUUUGAGUCCAAAAUAGUCGGCCAUAUUACGAAGCACCCGAACUGCCAAAUAUACAUAUUUUUCAAUCCCGAUUUCUUCAUCAAAACAUGGCAAUUGAAGUGGCGCUUUCCUUGUUUUCUCCCAAAAUCUCCCAACCAAAGCUUUCAAUCCACAACUUCUACAAUCUCCCCUCAAAUGGGCGACUCAAAUUAAAUUCAGAGUUCAACAACCCACUUCCUAAAAUCUUCCUUACAACCCGAAAAACCCACCAAACCCUUAAAUUUCAACCCCACAAAAACCAAAUCAACUGCCUCUUUACUGGCAUAGUUGAAGAGAUGGGCAAAGUUAAGCACCUGGGUUACGCCGAAAAUGGCGGAUUUGACCUGAAAAUUGGGGCAAAAACCGUUCUUGAAGAUGUUAAACUUGGUGAUAGCAUUGCUGUUAAUGGGACUUGCCUUACUGUGACUGAAUUCAAUACUGAAUUGUCGGAAUUCACAGUUGGGUUAGCUCCAGAGACACUUAGGAAGACGUCGUUGAUCGAGCUCGAACCUGGGUCUGCUGUGAAUUUGGAGAGAGCCCUUCAACCUUCUACCCGUAUGGGUGGCCAUUUUGUUCAAGGACACGUUGACGGGACAGGAGAAAUUGUAUCACUUGAUCCAGAGGGUGAUUCUUUAUGGGUGAAGGUAAAGACUAGCCGGGAGUUACUGAAGUAUAUUGUUCCAAAAGGGUUUAUAGCUAUUGAUGGCACGAGUUUGACUGUGGUGGACGUGUUUGAUGAUGAACUAUGCUUCAACUUCAUGUUGAUUGCUUACAGUCAGCAGAAUGUAGUGAUACCAUUGAAAAAGGUUGGUCAGAAGUUAAAUUUGGAGGUGGAUAUUCUGGGGAAGUAUGUGGAGAGACUCCUUAGUAGUGGGUUUCUUGAUUCUGUCAAAUCGCCUAAAGAUGUAUAAUCCUAUAGUCGGUAACACAUCACUCAAUCCAUCGUUGCAAGUUUUCCCUUGGGAGUGAUUGAAGUGUUUAGAUGCUGUAGUAGUUAUAUUGCUUGUUAAGUGACUGGUGUUGAGAAAUGCCUUCGUUUUGCGAAUGUGGUUGUAAUGCAAGAGGCAUAUGGUGGUGGUGGCUAAACUACAUUUCACCUGUCGGAUGCAAUUCAACGACUUGCGCCGAGAUUACUUUA